GGUGGACAUCCGAAGUCAAACUUGAAAACUCCAGUCACAAAAAGUCAAAUUUUAUCUCAAUAUUUUUAUUCUAUAAAUAUGUCACAUACGAAAUUGCCACCUUUACCACUUUCCUUAUCAAAUUCAGCUCGCAAUUCCUCACCCAGACACUAUGAUGGUUUGAAUGGGCCAAGUUAUUCAUUGACGUCAGUUGGUGGUGCUCAGAAGUAUGCCCUUCCUCCAUCAGCUGUUCUUCAGGCUUUUAGAGAAGUUUUUGAAUACCUUAUAGAAGACUUCAAGACCUACAAACCUUUGCUGUCAGCUGUGAAACACGAGUAUGAGAUGAUGCUGGUUGAUCAGAGAGAAACAAUAAGAGAACUAGAACCACUCAAGAGUAUGUUGGUAACUGUCUCUGAACAAUGUGAGAAGAAGCUUCUUGCAAUGAAACAAGAAGAAAAGUCAGAUAUGAUAACAAUGAAAGGAGAGAACAGAAAGCUCCAGCAGAUAAUAGAAAAAUUGAGAGAGGAGAAGGUUUCCCUUCAAGUACAAGUGGAAAAGCUUCAAGAAGAACUUGGUGCUGAAUAUUUACGCUAUCGGAAUGAAUGUGACGCAAGGAAAAUGUUGAUUGCCGACAUCAAUGAACUGAAGUACCAACAAGAAGACUCCAAAAAAUCAAGCAUGGAGGAUGACAGAGAGGGCAAGGAAGAUGUCACCUUUCUCAAGCUUGCUCUCAAGAAAGCAAGAGAGGAUUUAGAAAUGAAGAAUCAGAAGCUGGCCAAAAUGGAGGCAGAUUAUGGGGAUGUAGUCCCUAGGAGAGACUUUGAGAAACUGGAGGCUUUGCAUAGUAAAAUAGAGGCUGAUAAAGAGAAACUGGCUGAAGACAACAAGAAGUUAAUGCAAGAACACAAUGCUUUGCUGGAUGUCUAUAAGAAGGUGGUGGAACAAAGAGAUCAGCUGUCCCUGGAAUGUGAUCAAAUGAGAAGGAGUGCUACUCCAAGACCAAGUUGGGAGAAAUGUGGUCAGUACAUCGAAGGAGGCACUGAACGAUGGAAUGAAAUUUCUCAGAACAAAACCAGUGAUGAGCUAGUUAACGUACUUCUGGCUGAAAUGACUGGCCAGGAUAUAGCACAGAUCCAGUCAGGAACAUCUACUGCUGCUGAGUACUUUGAAGGGCAGGGUACAGGUCCAGAGGUGCCACGGUUCCUUAGGUACGAGGGUAAAGUUCGCAAUCGUCGUCUGGGUAAAAGAGACACGUCUCUACUCAUCAAAGAUAUAUGGCAGGAAAAGGCGGCACACGAUGCUGAGAAACCUCCAGAUCGCGAAGAUUUAGGGGACUUCCUGUACGUGUACCUACAGCGUAGAUUUGGCGUAGAAAACAUGAUAAUCGAAUGGGGUUACAACCUGUACGACGCGUGUAACAGAUACAACCAUGAUCCAAGGAUUGGUUUAUUCUAUGGUAUACUACAGAAAGAGAUUGAUGAAGCGGUCUAUCAUGACCAGUUAGUGAUGCUAGAAAAACUCUACAACUCCCUCACCAAAGCCGAUCUGGCAUCUGGAAACCAGGGAUCACUGUCACGUUCAGACAUGGAGCAGUGCCUGAGGGCAUUUUUCCCCUUGAAAGAUGAUGACUCGAUUGAAGCAUUACUCAAAGCAGCAGAGCAAGAAUCUCCUGGUGAAACCAUUCAGUAUAAGAACCUUUUUACAGAGGACGAGGAAGGUCGCGCUGGUCCAUUCGUUGACAAGACUCGUGAACAAGAUAAAUUAGAACAAGCUUUGUACGUCAAGGAGAUUACAACAGCGCUUGGAAGUGGCAGUGAAGUCACGCUCGACGAAGUACGUAACGCAAUCCAGUCUAUAGACCCAGAAAUCACGCAAGACAUUUUAGACAAAUACAUCAAGCGAGGCUUCAACUCAGCUGUCGACAAAAUCGAACCAUCGACAAAAAUCGAAACGACUCUUUUGACAAAGAGAUUACAAACGGGCAGUAUUAAAAGAAUAGGCAAGAAGCCUUGAUAUUUAUCAUAUGUAAUAGAAAUACUAGUGUAUUGUAAAUAAACAGCGUCGAGGUCUGUGAAUAGAAUCUUGUAUAAUGAAA